AUGAUACAGUAGUUCUAUAUAAAGACUAAAGCAUUGAGAAGUUAAAUGGGAAAUUCUGGCCCCGGUUCAAGUACUGAUGAGAACCACAUGACUGGCCGGUAACAAUGCGUUUUCAGGACUAGCCAGCUAUACAGAGAUGUGGUGGUGGUGGUGAUCUCUGUAUCUGUGUGAGAGAGAGAGAGCGAGAGAGAGAGUGAUAGGUCUUUAUUCAAACCAAGCUCUCCAUGUUAGCAGCACCAGCAGCAGCAGCAGAGGUUUAUUUUUCAUUCAGAGAGUUAGUGGAAACAUUGUCUGAUGCACAUCCACUGUGACUGACGCUCCUGUUCCUGCACACUACUGCUACCUUUGUGGUUAGAGUAACUCUCGUUGGUUCGUGUUCCCCCUGGAGGAGGCUAUCUGACUGGAGUUAAACAACGAUACAGCACACUAAGUGGCUACUGAGGUGAGUUAAACAACGAUACAACACACUAAGUGACUACUGAGAUCCACAAGUCUUCCUGAUGAGAGGCUUCCUGCUACUGUGUCUGCUGGCACUGGGCCAUGCCAAGCCCUACCAGCCAAUUAACGUCUUGAACUUCAUGAGGGACCAUGAAAUCAUGAUGCAGGACGCCGAUGAUGACGAUGAUGACGACAAUGCCCUUACGGACUGCCCCUUCGGCUGCCAGUGCUCCCUACGGGUGGUGCAGUGCUCUGAUCUAGGGUUGCUCUCCGUGCCCGAGAACAUUCCCGCCGACACGCUAAUGAUCGACCUCCAGAACAACGACAUCACCGAGGUCAAGGAGGACGACUUCAAAGGCAUUAACAAGAUCUAUGCCCUGUUCCUUGUCAACAACAAGAUCUCGAAGAUCCAUCCCAAAGCUUUCCGUAACAUGGAUCGGCUACAGCUGUUGUACCUGUCCUACAACCAGUUGACACAGAUACCUGCCAACCUACCCCGGAACAUCCUGGAGCUGCGUAUCCACGACAACAAGAUCAGCAACAUCCAGAAGGAGGCCUUCAAAGGGCUCAAGUCUGUGCAUGUUCUGGAGAUGAGUGCUAACCCGUUAGCUAACAACGGGAUAGAGCUGGGAGCAUUCGACGGCAUGGAAACCCUGUAUAUCAGGAUAGCGGAGGCCAAGCUCACAGCUGUACCUAAAGACCUCCCAUCUUCACUCACAGAGCUUCACUUGGAUUAUAACAAGAUCAACAAAGUAGAAAUUGAAGACUUUUUCAGAUAUAAAAAAAUACAAAGAUUAGGACUGGGCUUCAACCAAAUCAAGUUUGUUGAGAAUGGAAGCUUCGCCAGUAUACCCAACGUCCGUGAAAUCCACCUUGAUAACAACAAACUAAAGAAGGUUCCGCCCGGUCUCAACUCACUGCGGUAUCUACAGGUGGUGUACCUCCAUGCUAACAGCAUCAGCAGUGUGGGGGUGAAUGAGUUCUGCCCUGUCCGCUCCAGUGUGAAGAAGACCUUGUAUACAGGCAUCAGUCUGUUCUCUAACCCUGUUAAGUACUGGGACGUCCAGCCCGCCACUUUCCGCUGUGUGUCUGGACACAGGGGGAUUCAGCUGGGCAACAACCGGAGGAAGUAACAGCUAUAUACACACACACACACACACACACACACACACACACACACACACACACACACACACACACACACACACACACACACACACAGGGGGAUUCAGCUGGGCAACAACAGGAGGAAGUAACAUCUAUACACACACACACACACACACAGGGGGAUUCAGCUGGGCAACAACCGGAGGAAGUAACAUCUAUACACACACACACGGGGAUUCAGCUGGUCAUCAACAGGAGGAAGUAACACACACACACACACACACACACACACACAGGGGGAUUCAGCUGUGCAACAACCGGAAGAAGUAACACACACAGUGGCAACGUGAAGUUCUAACCAUAUGGUCAUAUCUAUCCUAUAUAGUUACAGAUCAACAAGUGCCUACCUGCCUAAGAAAUGAGGUGUCUGUCAGGAACACAAGCCAUCCUAUAGCGCCUCCUUCUGGUAGACUUCAGUAAUACCCACCUCCUCAACACACAGGAUGUUGUUGUUGUUGUUGUUGUUGUUGUAAAGACCAACUCUUCUGUUCCUCCUCAACGAGUCAACAAACGCAUCCACCCCUGUUUGUACUUCAGUGUUUUAGUCGAUAUCUUUGCUUCUUCUCUGUUUAGGAAUUAGUGUGAUCUGCUGGAUAUGUUGUCUUUGGAUUUCUUUCUUACACUGCAUGCCUCCCUUUUAUAAUCUGCUACAUAUAGCCGAAAUAAAACCUGUUUUCAUGGUGCUAAUAAACGUAUAUAUAUUUACAGAAACUAGUCAAUGUUAUAUAUGUCUAGAUGGUGAUAAACAUAAAAUGACAGAAAACGCUAGUCAACUGUUACAUUACAUGGUCUACAUGGUGCUAAACGUUUAUAUUUAAAGAAACUAGUCAAAUGUUACAUUACAUGGUCUACAUGCUAAACGUAUAGAUUUAAAGAAACUAGUCAACUGAUACAUUACAUGGUCUACAUGCUAAACGUUUAUAUUUAAAGAAACUAGUCAAAUGUUACAUUACAUGGUCUACAUGCUAAACGUAUAGAUUUAAAGAAACUAGUCAACUGUUACAUUACAUGGUCUACAUGCUAAACAUAUAGAUUUAAAGAAACUAGUCAAAUGUUACAUUACAUGGUCUACAUGCUAAACGUAUAGAUUUAAAGAAACUAGUCAAUCUUUUACAUGCCUUCAUUUGAACGUGAUUAUCUAUUGUAGCAUUACAUGUAUGUAACUGUUCUAAUUAAAUAAACUUGACAUAUAAAAUACAGAAAAGGAAAUAUUCUACUUUU